AUGCUACGAUUUAAGGGUCUCUGGUGUCUGUGGCGGCGACCUGCGGUGGCGGGGGUCCCCGCGGAGAACUUUAGCCGCAGGAAGGUCGCUUCUGGCAUGUCUCUCCCGAACGGUGCCUCGCCUGGGUCCCUAAAUAUUUUUGACCGGAGUUUGAAGAGGAAACAGAAGAACUGGGCGGCCCAGCAGCCUGAGCCGAUGAAGUAUGACUAUCUGAAGGAGGAGGUUGGAAGUCGGAUUGCUGAUCGUGUAUAUGACAUAGCCAGAGAUUUCCCCCUUGCUUUGGAUGUUGGUUGUGGAAGAGGUUACAUAGCACAGAAUUUGAAUAAGGAAACUGUUGGAAAGUUUUUCCAAGCAGACAUUGCAGAGAAUGCUUUGAAAAAUACCUUAGGAACAGAAAUUCCUACUGUCAAUGUUGUAGCUGAUGAAGAAUUCCUUCCCUUCCGAGAAAAUACAUUUGACCUGGUGGUUAGCAGUUUAAGUUUGCACUGGGUGAAUGACCUUCCUAGAGCACUUGAACAGAUUCAUUAUGUUUUAAAACCAGAUGGAGUGUUUAUUGGUGCAAUGUUUGGAGGCGACACACUCUAUGAACUUCGGUGUUCCUUACAGUUAGCAGAAACGGAAAGGGAAGGAGGAUUUUCUCCACACAUCUCUCCUUUCAUUGCUGUCAGUGAUCUAGGACGUCUUCUUGGAAGAGCUGGCUUUAAUACACUUACUGUGGACACUGAUGAAAUUCAAGUUAACUAUCCUGGAAUGUUUGAAUUGAUGGAAGAUUUACAAGGUAUGGGUGAGAGUAACUGUUCGUGGAAUAGAAAAGCUCUACUGCAUCGAAACACCAUGCUGGCGGCUGCAGCAGUAUAUAGAGAAAUGUACAAAAAUGAAGAUGGUUCUCUACCUGCCACAUAUCAGAUCUAUUACAUGAUUGGAUGGAAAUACCAUGAUUCACAGGCAAGACCAGCUAAAAGAGGUUCUGCAACCAUGUCAUUUGGAGAACUAGGAAAAAUAAACAGUCUUGUGUCCCAAGGAAAGAAAUCACAAUAAACAUUUUAUUUAUACUGUG